CUGAGGUAGAGGCGCUGAAACCUUUGUGGCUGUCCUCGAAUGCUGUCGUAUCGCGGUGGGCGUCGAUAAGGCACUUGUGUCACUUCCUACGGCGUCGUUUCUAGAGCUCGGAAUCACGCCGGCGACUGCACGACGAGAGGUGUACAUCACGAACGUAGAUCUUCUCAGACUCAAGAACCUCGAAGGAGCGCGUGCAUCAUACAGCCAUGGAGACGGCACCUUCACAUCGUGCUAGGGGCAAAGGCAAGAUCGCAACGCCGGAGGCCGAAGCCUACGUCCUUGAGCACUGCACCCUGCACCCCGUGCUCGAGAAGCUCAUAGCUGAAACUGUGAAGCUGCCCCGUGGGCGUAUGUACACCAAGCCUGCGCAGCUGACACUCUACCAAAUCCUGCUGAAGGCCGUACGUGCCAGGAAGUACCUGGAAGUGGGUGUGUUCACUGGCUGCAGCGCGCUGUCGGCGGCCCUGGCUCUUCCUCCCGACGGUAUCGUACGGGGCCUCGACAUCGACCAAGAGACCGCCAACGUCGGUAGGCCCUUCUGGAAAGAGGCUGGAGUCGAGCAAAAGAUUGACAUUCGCAUUGGCAAAGCUGUUGACAUUUUAGACACCAUGAUUGCGGACGGAGAGACGGAAAGCUACGACUUCGCCUAUAUUGAUGCUGACAAGGAAGAAUAUGAUGACUACUAUGAGCGUUGUCUGAAGCUAGUCAAGCGGAACGGGAUUAUCGCCUUCGAUAAUGUCCUACGUGGCGGCUCAGUGUUCGACGCUGAAACCUCCCACCCUGAAGCGUUGGCGAUGCGAGCUCUCAAUGCCAAGCUGAAGGACGACGAACGCGUGCAACUCGCCAUGCUACCCUUCGGCGACGGCGUCAACAUCGUCCUCAAGAAAUGAAAGAGUAGAGAAAAAAUCCAGGUGGACAUUAACCAUGGUGUUCGCCACGUAUAACAAACGCUACGCUGGUGCCCGUUGUAUGUAACGUUGGUAGGGAUGUCUCUUGCAAACCCCAAAUAAAGCUUUUUUUC